ACGUAACUUGGAGUAUGAGGUUAUGCUACCCCCCUGUGGUCUACUGAUAUUCUAGGUAGUGAAUGCAAUUGCGUUUCUGAGACGGUAGGGGCAGGUUUACAGGACAGUUCGUGUCUGUUUCUGAAGAACAUGUGGAUGAGUAGCCGAGGCUCAGUUUUUUCCAUGUCUACUUGUCAUAUCUAUAGAUCCUGAAGUUUACGUAAAUAUACAUACUACUCAGAAGUUCUCGGAAACUGUGACGAUGAUCGGGCGACGUGCUGUUUUUCCCAACGGUAUGACAGUUUCAGGGGAUGGACAAGAACAGGACAUGGCCCAUGGACCAGAACAGGGCAUGGCCUAUGGACCAGAACAGGGCUUGACCCAUGGACCAGAACAGGGCAUGGCCUAUGGACCAGAACAGGGCUUGGACCAUGGACCAGAACAGGCUGUGGCCUAUGGACCAGAACAGGGCUUGACCCAUGGACCAGAACAGGGCAUGGCCUAUGGACCAGAACAGGGCCUGGACCAUGGAUCAGAACAGGCCGUGGAAGGGCUCCAAUCCAUCUUGAAUGACUAAACCAAAAUCAAAAUUGGAUAGGAAAGAUGAUGGACCUACAUUAAAAUGUUUCUUGACUGAGUCCAGCUUUCCAAAAUAACCUAGAUGAAAGAUAGCCAGGGAGCAUCGAAUUAUGGAUAAGAGGAACAAUUUAUGAAAUGUUUACAGCAAGCAAGCAAUAUAUUAUCAUCCAGACUUUGUUGAAAAGUUAAUACGGCCCACAGGGAAAAAACGCGAAGCAUUUUUCUUAAAAAAUUCAAAAUCCUGAGAACCUUUUUGUCAGAAAGGAUACAUUAAUAACCAUUUGGAACCCAAGAAGGAUUCUUUAGAAGUCAAUAUGGGUUCCAGAUUGAACCACAUCUCGUAUUUCCCAGAAUACUCUUGAUUUUCAUGUGUUCAAAUAUCUGUUUGCAUGCACAUUGAUUGGUUUAAAAAAUAAUUCUAC